UUUGGAGACAUUAUUGAUUGCAUUGACAUUUACAAACAACCAUUAUUUGACCAUCCUUUACUAAAGGACCACAAGUUGCAGAGGAAACCCAACUUUCAUAAUGUGAUUGAAGAGUCUAGUCAAAAAAAUUUAAGAACUAGGUCCAUGUUUGGAUUGAGUAAGGAUGAUUGUCCGAAGAGGACUGUUCCUAUUCUCAGAACAACAAAAGAUGACCUUAUUCGAGAAAAGUUGAUGUUAAACAAUCAUAUAUUAGUUCAAGACCUUCCUGGUGUUCAUCUUGCAGAAGUUUCUCCUAAACCACAUUUUGGUCCUUAUUAUGAAGUCAAUGGAGUAAAUAGUAUUUAUAAUCCACGAGUUGAUACAAAGUUUCAAAUCUCCAUGUCUCAUUUAUGGGUUCAAAAUGGACGGAUAGAAUCAACUAACAAAAUCUCAUUAGGAUGGCAUGUGAUUCCAGAACUAUAUGGUGAUUAUGGAACUCAUCUUUAUUCCUCGUGGACGUCAGAUAACUACAAGAAGACAGGAUGCUAUAAUAUUCGAUGUGCAGGUUUUGUUCAAACUAGCAAUGAUCAAUAUCUUGGUGCACGAAUAACCAACAUAUCUGUAUAUGGAGGACCAACUGUGGCGUCUCUCUUUUCUAUUUCUCAGGAUCCAGUGACUAAAAAUUGGUGGUUAAGUGUAGAAAAUAAGUUUAUUGGAUACUUUCCAAUAAAAUUAUUCUCAAACAUGACCUCAGCUGAUCAAGUAGGAUGGGGUGGAAGAACAAAAACUCAUCUUGAUACUAAUAGUCCUCAAAUGGGAUCUGGACAUCUUCCUCAUUUCCCUUAUUAUAACUAUAAUACUCGUGUUUGUUACUUUAGACAAGUGUUCAUUAGAAAUUCACUUAGAAAAAGUCACGAAGUUCAACCAUAUGAAACUUAUUCCUUCACUGACAACCCCAAUUGUUACGAUGUCAAAUAUCCAAAAAGCUCUGUUGGUUACGUUCUCUUGUUUGGAGGACCUGGUGGUAAAUGUGGAAAUUAA